UACAUUGGUGAACGUACGUAGCGAAGAUGAACGUUGGCAAAGGAGAGUCUGUUAUUUCAAACCGAUUGCUCAAUGAGUGUAAUAAAUCCAAUUCUAGUGAGACGAAUUUAGUUGGACAACAAAAUAAUAUUCACAUGGAUAAUGAUUCACUUAAAAACGCCAAGUGCAUUUCAGAAUCGAGAGAUCAUUCAGAAAUUUCAGAAAAUUUUCAUCCCCUCCCUUCCCACCAUAAACCAUGUAAAUGUUCAAAAUGCCAUUGUCUCAAACUGUUUUGUGAAUGUUUUGCCCGAGGCAACGCUUGCAAUAAUUGCAACUGUAAGAACUGCAUGAACAACAGUCUUCAUGAAGAAGAUCGCAGGAGGGCAAUAGAACUCGCUUUGAGAAGAAAUCCACUGGCAUUUCAUCCGAAAGUUGGCGACGGCGAACGACGACACUCAAAGGGGUGCAACUGCAAAAAGUCCCGCUGCCUGAAAAAAUAUUGCGAAUGUUAUGAGGUUUCAUAUUGCAUGUUCUAACUUAUGUUGGUGUCAGGGAUGUCGAAACGUUGGGGAGCAGCAGAUGCAACCAGAAUCAGGCGCAGAUCCUCUUCGGAUCAGUGAGAAAAACUCACUGGCUCACGAUGGGUAGGUUGUCGUGAAUACUUCUCAUCCAUUCGAAAUCACCUUCUUUCACGUAUAGUCAGAAUACAUUUUGUUACAAUGAUAAUUAUGUCCAACUACCACAUGCAAACCAACCUUCCGGUGGAAUCUUGGGCAGAAUCAAACCAAAUCUACCUACUGACCAUGGAUAUAUAAAUAGGUCAAAAUCGGUAAUCUUAGUUUUCAAGUCAUAUUUUCACGCUUACGUUAUUCGUGUUAAUGUUUUCUUACUUCAGUUGCACUUUGUCUUCUUCAUUCAGUUUAGAACUUUUGGUCGACUCUGUCAAAUUUCAAAAUGGGCUUUCACUUUCUGGUUUUGUUAUGCCUCUUAACAUCUUUUAUACUGAUGACAAGUAUCGAAUAAUACCACGAAUAUGACCGAGGCUAAUUUCCAAACAACUAGUAACAGUGUUGAAUAUAAUGG